UCUUCAUGGCAUGAAAAUCCAAUCACCGCCCUUGCAUUGAAGAUCAAACAGGAAAGCUUGAGCUUUCCACGUUUCAUCAGCAUUCCGCAACUUUGUACAGCCGCGCAACCUGCAUCUGAACGCCUUCUGUAGGCUGAACGGAAGAUCACCUUCCCGGCAGUAUGAUAUAACAGCAUCUCGUCGCACAUUCUCAACCUCCCCAUUCAGUCCCUCAAGUCAAUCCUUUAGCCUUCCUUGUGCUGGUCACUCGUUCUUUUUUCACUUCGCACUUAUUCCGCUUUGAGCUUGUACCAGAUACCCCAAACUUACGACUUUUAAUACAAAAUUCAAGAUGCGUGCCUCAACAUUCCUCACAUCUACCUUUUUCGCGGCAACCGCGCUCGCCCACGGCAACAUCGUCUCUCCCCCUGUUCGUCAAGCAGGUGCGGUCACGCAGCAAGUUUGUGGAGCACAAGCUGUCUCUGCGCUCACCACGGACAUCACUGGCCCUCUUGAGAACGUCGCCAGCAACGGCUCACCCGACUGCAACAUCUUCCUCUGCAAAGGCAUUCAGUUCGAAGACAACCAGAACAAUGUUCAAGAGUUCGCUGCCGGAGAGCAAGUCGACUUCGCUGCCGAGAUACCUAUUCCUCACGAAGGGCCGUGCAAUGUCUCUGUCGUCGACCUUGCAACCAACACACUGGUCGGGCAGCCGCUGAUCUCGUUCGCCUCAUAUGCCGAUGAGGCCCUUGCUCAGCUGCCCUUGAACAACACCCAGUUCAGCGUCACCAUGCCCACCGACCUCGGAACCCAGUGCCAGCAGCCUGGAGAGUGCGCUUUGCAAUGGUUCUGGUUCGGCACGAACGCGCAGCAGACCUACGAGGACUGCGUUGACUUCGUCAUGACAGCAUAAAUAACGAGGCGCGUUCCUGGCUGUACUUUACGGCUACCCAAGUCCAGUCAUCGUAGCAGCCACUGAAAGCAUGCGACGCGAGCAUACCAUGUACAACACCAAUACACGUUCAAUGUAUAUCCAUAGAUCUUAACGACCCCAAGAAUGACUAU